GGGCGCGGCGCUUGGAUUGCAAUUGAGAUAUUAAGUGACAUUUCGGGGCUGUUGUCAGGAGUAUAGCUUACACGGCUCGGCAUGCCAACAGUUGCGGCGCUGUUGCAAAACUGCCACCGAAAACGGGUUUUGAAAGUGAGCCGGAGUUUGAGAGAGGUCACAUUGAACUUGUGCAUGGAGUGAGCAGAGGACCGGAAAGUUCAGCAGUCCACUCACAGAAGACGCCCCUUCCUCGACACAAACUCGCUUUUACGCCACAGAGUAACAAGACGAAAUAGCCUACGGCCGGAGUCUCGUUUGACCAACAGGUCGCCGCUGGCAGGGUGUUAACCGUGCAACAAAAAUUACUGAAACUGUAACGUCGCAAGAUGUCUGUCAGCGCGAGCGCAUCCGGACUAGAUGAGACUCCAAACUGUUCAAUACUUAAUGAACCUGACCGGCAAGGUGUCGGGGACACAUGCGCGUGUCCGACCACCACCGAGCUGUGCAACGCGGUGUCGGUAUCCUUGGGCUUGGAUUCAGAGUCCUCUCAGCACAACAUAAAUCAGUGCUUCAGCGGCUCCUAUUCAGAGUGCGUCCACACUCUGGAAAACACUCCCCCUGAAGCGCCCGAGUCAGAAGCGCCUGCAAGCAUGACCUCAGGAGUGACCAGGCACUUACCAAGUGAAGAAACCCCAAAAGGAGAAGAAGCUGUCAAGGUGUGUCAUGACUUCUAUCAGGUGAGCUGCAUGGACCUGCUCCGGUCGAGCGAAGUGGACGGCGUACGGAACGUGACGCACAGCCCGGCGGCUGUAGCCCGACACGUUUGCAAGGACCCCAACUUGUUUUUGAAUUCUGUGGAAAGGCGGCCCGUGCCCUCUCAGAUGGACGAGAUCCUACCCUUUAAGCCGUACUCUACAUAUUCUGCAGAUCCGGCACUUUUCAAAGAUACGGCGGGUGUAUGGUGCGUCAGUGAGCGCAUAUACAGCAGCCGCGCAGAGACAGAGAAAGGUGGAUCCGACGGACGCAAUUUGUUUGGUAAAUACUGCAAUGACAGACAAGCCUCACUUGGAUCCAGGCAGCAGUGCUACUGUGCUUCUCACAGCGACAGCCAGGACGCUGGAAAAGGUGCGAUGCGCGUGGGAAUGGCACAAAGCUAUGGCCAAGUGGAAAGUUACACCAGUGCCUUUCCUCAAACACACACCACUUAUUCCACUAUCAAGACCGAACCUGCCGGUUGGGAGCACUAUGCGGACGUGAGUUUCAGGUAUGGGAGUUUGUUUCCAGGUAUGAGUAUGUACCUGUCUGACCGGAGAGUGUGUCAGGUGUGUGGUGACGAUGCUUCAGGUUGUCACUAUGGAGCAGUCACCUGUGGCAGCUGCAAGGUAUUCUUCAAGAGGGCUGCUGCAGGUAAGCAGAACCACCUGUGUGCCAGCCGAAAUGACUGCACCAUCGAUAAGCUGAGGCGGAAGAACUGUGCCUCAUGUCGUUUAAAGAGGUGCUUCUUGUCCGGGAUGAGUCUCAAAGGUCGUAGGCUGAAGGGAGCCAGUCAGACGAGGAACGGAGAGGAGGAGCAGUCGCAGGCCCAGUGGAGACAUGGAGAAAGAGGAGAGGGGGCUGCGAACAAAGAUGGUAUCUUGGAACAAGGGAAUACAGCUGUUGAGGCUCAGGCUUCUCACUCUGAAGUGUCUCUGGCUGAAGCAUCGUCCCAGGCCCUGGCUCAAGGUCCUGCCCCAAGCCUGCGUUCCUGCCAGUCCCUGCUCACUGUUCUGCAGGCCAUCGAACCAACCGUGGUCAACGCAGGACAUGACCCCGCGCAGCCGGAUAGCUCUGCAUCCUUACUUACCAGCCUCAAUGAGCUAGGAGAGAGACAACUGGUCAAUGUGGUGCGCUGGGCCAAGGCGAUACCAGGUUUCCGUGACCUCCAUGUGGAUGAUCAGAUGUCAGUGAUUCAGUCAUCAUGGAUGGGAGUGAUGGUGUUUGCUCUGGGCUGGAGGUCCUACACCCUCACAAACAGCUCCAUGCUGUACUUCGCUCCAGACCUGGUAUUCAAUGACCAGAGGAUGCAAGUGUCCAGUAUGUAUGAUCACUGUGUGCGGAUGAAGCUGUUGUCCCAACGGUUCUGCGUGCUACAAGUUACCCAGGACGAGUUCCUCUGCAUGAAGGCCCUGCUCCUCUUCAGCAUCUUGCCAGUGGAGGGCCUGAAGAGCCAGCGAUGUUUUGAUGAGCUGCGGACCUCCUACAUAAAGGAGUUGGACCGCUUGGUUAGCCACCACGGAGAGACCACCCGCACACAGAGACUGUUUCAGCUCACACAGCUGCUGGACUACCUGCAGCCGAUUGUAAGGAAGCUACACCAGUUCACUUACGAUCUGUUCAUCCAAGCUCAGUCCCUGCAGACACGUGUCAGCUUCCCGGAGAUGAUCUCAGAGAUUGUGAGCGUAUAUGUGCCCAAGAUCCUCACAGGCAUGGUCAAGCCCAUCCUUUUCCACAAAAGAAACUAGAGCACAUCUCAUAUAUCACUUGAGCUCCUACACCCAAACCUUUGACCACUUUUGGUCGGUUGGUGGGGUUAAGUUCCAGUUUAGCUACAGGGUUUCACUGGUGUCUACGGCGGCAAUUGGUGGAUAUUUAGACAGGGGAAUACACUUUGACAAUCUAUCAGAUACACUCAAACUUCUUACUGCCUAUUCACUAUCAAAACUGAGCUGCUUACAUGUUUUAAAAGGUAUAGUGUUCUUUAGUAGAGCUUUUUCUGUCAUGCAUUUUCCUGCAUGGGCUCAUGAAUGGUCAGUGUAUUGGCAAAACAGAUUUUUUUUUUUUUUUUUUUUUUUUUUUUCAGCACAGUCAAUUAUGAUAAUUCAGUCUGAUGAGGUUAUUACCUCCUGAGAGGUAAGACAAUAGACACAGAAACACCAAUUACAAUAAUAAUCAAUAAUAAAAAUAUAGUUCACGUCAUCACACUGAUAGUUCAUGAACAGUGGCAGAAUGCAUGCUAAAAAGUAAGUGUAACACCGUAAUGAAAUAUAUGCAGAGAUUUUUGAGGGCUGUCAACAACCAUACAAAAUUCUUAGUUGACUAAUAUUCAUAGGAGUUUGUCGACUAAAUGAAUAGAGGAGUUAAUCAACAAGUCUGUAAAAUUGAUUUACCUGUCUUCUUACAACUGUUUGCAUUCAUGUUAAGUGAUCUGUGAAUUUGUAGUGUGCACCAGAAAUGCAUAUUCUGAAUAUUGUUGUGAUACCAAAGAUGUUUUUGUAAUUUUGGAGGACAUAUCUCAUAUAACAGGAAAAAAAAACAUAAAAAAUGAAUUAACAAAAAAUAAUUCCUCAAGACCCAAAUAAGACCCCAGUAACUUAUUAGUUAUUAACACAAGGGGCAAUGGGUAACAAUAUUUUUCUUUCCUUUUGUAUUGUUUGCUUGUUUUUGAGUGUAAUACUUUGAUCUGAGAUGUUUUUUCCCUGAAGGGACAUUUCACACUGUUGUAAUUUUUCUACCGUUGUACUUUUGCUAAAAGUGUUAUUUACAAGUGCUAUACUCUGUAUCAUCAUGCAUUCAUUGAAGCUGCAGCUAAACUCUGACAAAGCGAUGUUUUUGCCAAAGCACUGAGCAAAGCUCUGAGAGCAGUUUUUUGCUAUGUUUUUGUCCAGCUAAGAGACUGCCCAAUUGUCACAACAUAUCGAGCUUUAUGUUUAACAGAAAGUGAAGCUUGAGUUUACAUUUGUCUGUAAAUAAUGGAAAGCAGAGUGAAAUGAAAUGCACACAAUAUAUUGCAUUAUUUUCCACUUGGUUCAAAUCUCCUUAAGGUGUGAUCUCUUGAAUUGCUUGCCAAUGAUAAUACAGUCAUGUCCCUGGUC